AUGUCGGUAGAAAAUGCAACACUUGGAGCAAUUGUCUUUUCCGGUGCAACACUUCUCAUUUGUUUAGUUGCAAUCGCAGCAAUACACAAAGAUGUCACAUCAAUUUGGACCGAAAUAGACUCGGAAAUUAUUUCUUUUAAGGUUAAAACGGAUGAUUUAUGGAAAGAAAUGAUUGGUCUUGGCGCUGGUACACCAUCAAAUCGUUUACGUCGUCAGGCUAGCAGCUACAAUAGCAUUUAUGAUAAAAGUAAAACAAGUGAUAGUGGUAGCGGUGAUGGUUACGAUAAUUCUAGCGGUGCUACAAGUAACGGUUACAGUAAUCCACUGAGCGAUAAUAGUGGUAACAAUUAUGGUAGCUCAACAAGCGGUAGCAGUUACAGUAGUAAUGGUGGAAAUUAUGAUAACAAUAUACCAUCAACGAUUGUCAACGAACGAUAUAAUAAUCCGCAAGAAGUGGCGGCCAGUAAAGUAAACUAUAAUGAUGAGCAAGAAACCGAUACCGAAAUUCAUUCAAAAGGUCAUGCACCAGGCAGUGCACCAGUAACGACGGAUGUCGACAAUAACAUUCAUGGGAAGCCACCUGCUACUGGAACUUUUAUCUCAUCGGCUCGCUAUGGCAAUUCCGGAAGUCAAUCUGGACAGCAAUUUCAACCAUUCAGCGGUUCUUUCAUACCUCCAGUGUGCAACUUGGAAAACACUUGUCCACCGGGUCCACCGGGACCAAAAGGUGAAAAAGGUGUUGAUGGCGAAGAUGGAAUCCCUGGUAAAGAUGGUAUAGAUGGAAUUGAUGCAGAAGAUGUUCAACAAGAAGGUCCCUCUGGAUGCUUCAAUUGUCCGGAAGGUCCACCUGGUCCGCCAGGACUACCCGGUCGUCCAGGUAUCCGUGGACAACGUGGACCAAAAGGUGCACCAGGUUUUUCUGGCCGUGACGGAAACCCAGGACCACCAGGCGAUAUUGGUCCACCAGGACCACCAGGAUUGGAUGGUAAGCCAGGAGAGCCAGGAGAAAAGGGUGCUGAUGCUGAAAAAGUUAUUGGACGAAAAGGCAAUCGUGGUCCACCAGGUGAUCAAGGUCCAGAAGGACCACCUGGAGAUAGGGGUAAAGAUGCACCACCAGGCGAACCAGGUCCUCAAGGGCCUAAAGGACAGCCAGGCUUUCAAGGACCACAGGGAAGUGAUGGCGAAGAAGGUCCACAAGGUCCACCUGGAAAUUCCGGUAAAGAUGCUGAGUACUGUCCAUGUCCACCACGUGAACAUCAUUUACGACCUGCUUCUGUAAGAAAUGAUGAUAGAGAAAGCAAAACGGAAGAGGUACAAUCUAAGAGCGAUGACGAAAAUGAUCGAUUCGGAAAAAGCGAUUUUGAAAAUCCUGACGAUAGCAGUAAAGGAUACAAAUCACGACGUACGCUGCUUUAA